AUGAAACUCUCUCUCGCCUUGUCUGGCGCCUCGUUGCUGGUGGCUCGCGCCCUGGCGGCCAACUUGCCUCCCAUCGUCACCAAGGGAAACAAAUUCUUCUACUCCAAUAAUGGCACCGAAUUCUUCAUUCGUGGCGUUGCCUAUCAGCAGGAGUACUCGGCCAAUGGAUCGGCCUCCUCCAACAACGAUUAUGUCGAUCCUCUCUCGGAUGAUUCCGACUGCGAACGCGACAUCCCCUAUCUGCAACAGCUGAACACCAACGUCAUUCGCACCUACGCCGUGGACCCCAAGGCCAACCAUGACAAGUGUAUGAAGGCCCUGUCAGAUGCCGGCAUCUACCUCAUCACCGAUCUGUCCUCCCCCUCCGAGUCCAUCAUCCGCAGCGACCCCCGGUGGGACGUCGAUCUCUACAGGCGCUACACCGACGUCAUCGACGCCUUCGCCAAGUACGACAAUGUCAUCGGCUUCUUCGCCGGUAACGAGGUCGCCAACGACAAGAACAACACCGGCUCCAUUGCCUUCGUCAAGGCCGCCGUGCGCGACAUGAAGGCCUACGUCAAGGCCAAGGGCCACCGCGAGUCGCUCGCCAUCGGAUAUGCCACCGACGACGACGCCAGCAUUCGCGAGGGCCUGCGCGACUACCUCGUCUGCGGUGACGAGGAAGCCCACAUUGACAUGUUCGGCUACAACAUCUACGAGUGGUGCGGCGACUCCUCCUUCGAUACCUCGGGCUACAAGGAGCGUACCAAGGAGUUCAAGGACUUCCCCGUCCCCGCCUUCUUCUCCGAGUACGGCUGCAUCGACCCCCGUCCCCGCAAGUUCACCGACGUCCCCGUCCUCUUCGGCCCCAAGAUGAAUGACGUCUGGAGCGGCGGCAUCGUCUACAUGUACUUCCAGGAAGCCAACGACUACGGCCUCGUCUCCGUCGACGGCGACAAGGUCAAGACCCAGGCCGACUUCUCCUACCUCUCCAAGCAGAUGGCCAAGGCCACCCCCUCGGGCGUCAAGAGCGAAGACUACACUCUCAAGGCCGCCGCCACUGCCAAGUGCCCGGCCGUCAACAAGGACUGGGAGGCCGCCGAGGAGCUGCCCCCGCCGCCCAACCCGGACCUGUGCGACUGCAUGGUCCAGUCGCUCUCCUGCCAGAUCAAGGACUCGGUCAAGGAGAAGGAGUUCGGCAGCGUCUUCGGCUACAUCUGCAGCGACGGCGACGUCUGCGCCGGCAUCAACGCCAACCCCAGCAAGGGCAAGUACGGCGCCUACAGCGUCUGCAGCCCGCGCCAGCAGCUCUCCUUCGUCAUGGACCAGUACUACAAGGCCCAGGGCAAGAGUGACGAGGCCUGCGGCUUCAAGGGUAAGGGCGAGACCAAGGACAAGAAGGAAGGCGGCUCCUGCAGCAGCCUGCUCAAGGAGGCCGGCCCCAAGGGCACCGGCACCGUCAAGUCCUCGCCCACCGACGGCGGCAACGGCAGCGGCGCCACCGCCAGCGGCUCCGAGGGUGCCGCCGGCAUCGCCGCCAGCCCCAUCGCCGUUCGCGUUGGUAGCUGGCAGCUGGGUGCCUACGCCGUGACGGCUCUGGUGGCCGGUCUCGGCAUGAUCUUGCUGUAGUGGUUUCUCACUAUGGAUUCGUUGUGAGGUUGAAUUGGACAUUGUCUUGUAUUUUCUUCGUUUUUGAAUGGGGACGUUACUCAAAGUUGGGAAGUACAUAUUUGUAUAGGUGUGGUUUAGUUUGAAUGUGACGUACGUUUUAUUUUCUAUCUUUCUACCUUUUAUUGUUCUUGUUGUAGUGCCUGUAGCUGUCUACUUUUCUCACUUUGUAUUGCACUUUCCACCCCACAACAUCGUACCUAGUCCAGACGGCAAACAAGCAAACAAACAAACACAAAAAGGCGGGGGAGACAAUAAAAAGC